AUGGACCGCAGAGUCCCCUCGGUACCAGAGCUGCCCCAGCGCCUGAAACCCAACCCUCGGUGUCCAGAAGAGGAGGAACAGCACUUGCUGAGCAGCCUGGCUGCAGUCCAGACCCUGGCCAGCGUCAUCCGGCCUUGCUAUGGCCCCCACGGCCGGCAGAAGCUCCUGGUGACUGCUCAAGGAGAAACAUUGUGCACAGGCUCUGCGGCUGCCAUCCUCAGGGCCCUGGAGCUGGGGCACCCGGCGGCCUGGUUCCUCCGGGAAGCAGCCCAAGCCCAGGCAGAGAACAGUGGGGAUGGCACGGCUUUUGUGGUUCUUCUGGCCGCAGCCUUGAUGGAGCAAGCAGAGCACCUGCUGAAGGCCGGCCUGCCUCGCUUCCAGCUCCGGGAGGCCUAUGCCACAGUCACGGCGGAGGCCCUCGGCGCGUUGCCCUCCCUGGCCAUCCGAUCCCUGGGGCCUUUGGAAGAUCCGUCUUGGGCUCUCCGUUCUGUGAUGAAUACCCACACCCUGUCCCCCUCAGACUACUUGACCAAGCUGGUGGCUCAUGCCUGCUGGGCUAUCAAAGAGCUGGACGGCAGUUUCAAGCCUGAGCGAGUCAGCGUGAGCACGCUGCAUGGGGGGACGCUGGAGGACUCCUGCCUGCUCCCGGGGCUGGCGCUGUCUGGGAAACUCUGCGGGCAGGUGACCGCCGUGCUACAUGGUGCCAGGGUGGCUCUCUUUGCUUGCCCCUUUGGUCCCGCCAGUCCAAAUACACCAGCAACGGCCCGUCUCUCUAGUCCUUUGGAUCUAACUCAAUUUGAGCAAGGAAGGGAUCAACUGAUAGAAAAGCAAGUGGCCCAGGUGGCAGCUGCAGAUAUUAACGUGGUGGUGGUCUGCGGGGAAGUCGAUGAGAAGGCACUCAGUCUGGCGGACAGCAGUGGCAUCAUGGUGAUUCAAGUCAGGUCUCAGGUGGAGAUGGUUUACCUGAGCAAGGUGCUGGGCACACCUCUGCUGCCUCGUCUGCUCCCUCUGCAGCAGCCAGGGCAGUGCCGCAAGGUUUAUGGACAGGAGCUGGGAGACGGUUUGGCUGUGGUGUUUGAAUGGGAAUGUGCGGGCACACCUACCCUCACCGUGGUCCUCAGGGGGGCCACGCCGGAGGGGCUGCGCAGCGCCGAGCAGGCUGUCUACCACGGCAUCGACGCCUAUUUCCAGCUGUGUCAGGAUCCCAGACUGAUUCCGGGAGCUGGGGCCACGGAGAUGGCUCUGGCAAAGAUGCUCUCAGAUAAAGGAAGCACCCUGGAAGGGCUGAAUGGUCCUGCAUUCCUGGCAUUUGCCAGAGCCCUGAGGUCUCUUCCUAAGACCUUGGCAGAGAAUGCAGGCUUAGCCGUCUCAGACGUGAUGGCAGAGAUGAGUGGAAUUCACCAAGCUGGGAACUUCCUAACUGGAGUGGGAGCUGACGGGAUCAUCAAUGCGGCCCAGGAAGGGGUGUGGGAUACCCUGGGGCCCAAAGCCCAGGGACUCCGAGCAGUGUCUGACGUGGUGCUGCAGCUCAUGAGUGUCGAUGAAAUUGUAGUGGCCAAGAAAAGGCCCCUACAUCAGCAGAUCUUGAAUCUUGACUGUAAGAAGGCAAAGAAAUGCCCACCUCCCGUGAAAAAGAAAACUCUUGGAAAGAAUAAGUAG